UAAAUAUCAAUAAAAGCGGCCAAACCACACAUUUCGACUAGUAACUUAAAAAGUGGCCACAGAAAUGUUAUGAACGCUGUUGCAUUGUGGGACGGAUGAUUGACGCGGCGGCCAUUUUCCCGCUGGACGGCGCUUCCCAUUGUGGAAACGAAGAAUAUUGAGACAAGCGAAAUAUUUCUCACCACUUCUACUCACUUUUUCCUGAGUCAUCUGCAGCUGAUUUAUAGUAGUCAUGGCCCGUACCAAGCAGACUGCCCGUAAGUCCACUGGAGGCAAAGCCCCACGUAAACAGCUGGCCACAAAGGCUGCUCGCAAGAGUGCCCCUUCAACUGGUGGUGUGAAGAAGCCCCAUCGCUACAGGCCUGGUACUGUCGCUUUGCGUGAGAUCCGUCGUUAUCAGAAAUCCACUGAGCUGCUGAUCCGCAAGCUACCCUUCCAGCGCCUGGUGAGAGAAAUCGCCCAGGACUUUAAGACUGAUCUGCGUUUCCAGAGUGCAGCUAUCGGUGCUCUGCAGGAGGCCAGUGAGGCCUACCUGGUGGGUUUGUUUGAGGACACCAACCUGUGUGCUAUCCAUGCCAAACGUGUCACCAUCAUGCCCAAAGACAUCCAGCUGGCACGUCGUAUCCGUGGGGAGCGUGCUUAAGUGUUCUCUCCUCCUCUUGGUUUUUCUCCUUCUCACCUCCUCCUGCCCUUCCUUCACUGGUCUGUCUCACUGCCCCUCAACUCAUCCCUUUCUCCCCACCUCCCUGUGUUUGUAGUGUGUAGAGGAAAACUGAUUAUAUUAUGAAUAAAGUGUAUAGUCGUGUUUUUCAUAGUGCUCUCGACAGCAGACUUCUAGGGUACUCUCUUUUUGUGCAUGUACCAACUCUGUUGAUACUAUCUCCUCAAGCACACGCCUCUGAGUUUGCACUGUUUCUGCUCUUGCCUGUUUGGGGUAAAGAUGAUCAGGGAAUCAAGUAAGGAAAAACAUGGACAAGAACAAUGCAAACUUGGGAGGGACAGACAGGAGGAGAGGAUGGGUAUUUUUCUGCUGGGGGACUCCUGUCUCUUUUUUGCAGCAGGGUGCUAGAAGAAUUUACCUGGUCUUCUUCUCCUGCUUCCUGUCCUCUGCCCACCUCCACUCAGAAAUGAGUAGAGACAACAGCCUAAAGUCUCUUCUCAUGAAGGCUGAGGUUGGAAUUUUCUGUCCCUGUGUGUGUCUGCAGGAGUGUUGGCUCUGGUCACCACUGCAACUUGUAUAAAAUCCAUCAGCAUCUUUGGAGAAGUUGGUUUCUGAUUACCAUAUUGAUCAUUCUUAAUAUUAGGGUUUUUUUUUUCCUUCCAAAAUAUGUGUUGUGCACGGGAUGUGUUUUUUCAUUUCAAACUGUGGAUGACAUGGAGGGGGUGGGGGUGAAUCAGAUAAAAACACAGAACAUGAACAAAAAAAUUUAGAAAAAAGUUUCUACACAAAUGUGAUGCUGCUUACUUCUUUAGGCACCAACAUUUGGUCCUUCUGUUGUUGCUCUCUUUCUAGCUGACAACUUCAGCGGUUUUUGUGGUGUUGAAAUUGGUUUCAUCUAAUUAUUUUAAAGCCAAAGCUUGAGAGCUCAAGUAUGGUGUCACAGACACUUUUUCUUUGAACAGUGGCUCAUGUUUUAAUAGAGGACCUUUUUAUAACAAAGGUUUAUAAAAGGUCACGUUCUCAAAAAUUUAAUUCUCAAAAUGUGAAAGUUAUUUUUCUUUUCUUUUUUUACCAAAACUGGUUCAAACACAUAUUAUAAAUCAGUGUUACAUGACAAAUAAUGAUAGUCAUGUUUUCUGUAUACAACCCCCCUGUGCCUCGAUUUUUGUCUCCGGAUCAGUUGAUCAUCUGUGUGCUGUUUCUCAGGUUGACCUGUCACCCUUUUAACUUUUUUUUUUCUUUUUUGAUCAAUAUGAUUUUUGUUUUUGAAAUGUUGAGAAUGAUUAUUCAAUUAAACAAUGUUUGUAAUUUCCAGAUUUCUCAUAUAAGGUGGUAAUAAUAAAUGGAUGUUACACACA